UGGACUUAAUCGGACCACUGCAACGCCCACAAAACGCCAUUAAUCGAAAACUUAUACAAGACCAUAACUAAGCACUAAGAUACAAAACAGUAAUUUGGCACAGGGGAUCGGAGCAACAAGAGGCAUUUGCGGGCUAAAAAUUUUGACAAAGUCGGUGUAUCCCCGUCCUCUAUUUGGCUUAAUGUAAAACUUUAACUCUUAAACCACUUAGCUAUAAUAACAAAAUUUGCUCACGAUAAAUCCCUUACCAUUAUCUACACUGUGGAUGAAGUCGGAAAAUAACCCCGUUCUCUCCCCAUAUAACUAUACUGCUAAAAACUAUUAAAAGUGCGACACAUCAAUGACUAAAUAUUCCAGAUCGGUCCUACCCAAGAUGGUAUGAGAGGGCUUUAUGGGAGCUGGGGACGAUAAACGCGGUACCGCCCAAUUUUAGGUUAAAUAUCUCGGCACCGGACCCACCGUGGCAUUCUUCUCACAUUCGAUUCUUUCACUUUCCAGUACACAAAUCAAGAAGCAUAACAGGAUAAAACAUUGCACGAAUCAUGUCUUUAGAGUGUGUCAUCUUAUCACCAAAAUUGUCCAAAUCCAACCAAAAAUGUUCAAGCCGCAGUAUCUAUAGUUGACAUUUGACCAAAAAUACCGGUCAAUGUAUGGGAUUCACAAUUGAAAUUCAGAGAAAAUAUUUCCCUUUUAAUAAUAUCUCGGUGUAUUAAAAAUGGGUUGAAUCACCAACAUUUCCCUGAGCACACCCAUAUACUUAAUAUAAAGGUUUUCCAAUUUCCGAUUUACUUUAUACAACAUAUAUCGGUCAAUAAGUGAGUUAUCUCAAUGAAAAUGGAUAGCCUGUUUCACUCAGUGUACCUUUGUGUUUAAAAUGGAAAAAAUUGGGCGAAAACUUGACCUAGACCCUAUAUAACUAAUAUCAGGAUUUUCGAACAUCCGGCUAACUUUGCGCUAUAUGAGUGGUGAUUGUAUGUGAGGUACUUUACUCGUAUAAAACUCAGGGAACAUUUUUUUAGUAUGUGGCAUGUUAAUAUUGUAGUAUGUAGUAAGUAUUGGCAAAAAUAAGUAAAAUUGGGCACAACUGCAGCUCCCAUUACUACAUAUGUAAUGAUUUUCGUUUUUCUAAUAUUAUGUCGAAUAUGUCGGCCAGUGUAUGAGUUUUAUAUAAUAAAUCUUUUUGUUCUUUAUUGGAGUGGACACCAUUUACACGGUUAUAUCCGAGUUUACAACAGCGCGCCAAUCGUUCUUCCUUUUCGCUGUUUGGCGCCAAUUGGUCUUUCGAACGGAGUGGAGGUCUUCCUUUGCUUUCCGCGCAUCCGAUUCUUUCGCAGUAACUGGCUUUGGAAACAACUACGCCGUUAUUUUCCAAUCGAAUUGGUGAAAACAGUAGAUUUACCCGCCAACCGUCAUUAUGUGUUCGCGACUUUUCCACACGGUGUUAUGACUUAUGGCUGCACCGUUAACAUUACAUAUGACAUUGACAAUUGGCUCGCACUAUUUCCCGGUAUACGACCGAGGCAGACGAUUUUGAAUGCCACCUAUUUGACGCCAUUCUUGUAUGAAUAUUUGCGCCUUUGCGGUUUUAUUUCGGUGUCGGAAAAGUCUUUGAUGCAUUAUUUGACCAGUCGCUGGCAGGGUGAUGGUUUCACGUCUAAUGGGGUUUUCAUUAUUGUUGGCGGUGCACAGGAGGCUUUAGACUCUCGUCCUGGCCAAUAUGAGCUGACAUUUUUGAGACGUAAAGGAUUUGUUCGUGUAGCCAUAAAAAGUGGCGCUGCUAUCGUUCCAUGUUUCACCUUCGGUGAGGUGGACAGCUUCGAGCGUUGGGAUGGUAAAUGGGCCUUGCAUUGGCAAUUGUUAGUGAAAUACUUACUGGGCAUAUCGAUAAUACUAGUAAAGGGACGUGGUGGCCUUCCGCUUCCAUUCAAGCGCCGUAUUGUACAAGUGGUCGGCAAACCAAUCGAAGUGCAACAGAAUGAUAACCCGCAACCGGAAUAUGUGGAUGAAAUUCAUCAAAAAGUCAUUGAAGGUGUAAAAGAUUUAUUUGAGACACACAAAAUUCAUUACAUCGAAAAUUACGAAAAUGUUAAACUUGUAAUUAAGUAAUUUUGCUAAUUGUAAUAACUAGAUGAUGCUGUAAUCGGGUAAUUAUAUGACCACUUUGAUUGUUCGUAUCCUUUGUAAGGAAAUAAGAAAACUGUAACUGUUACUCGGUAUAUCUUCGAGUUCUAAAUGAGCUUUCUAAAGUCAGACAAAAAUAUUUCUUCUUUAUCAUUGUUUUAAUUAUUUGUUCUUAUAUUUUUGAUACAAUCUCGGGUAGUGUUUAAACUUCCAUGCUCUUGAUCGCCACUCUCUUGUUAUUCGGAAUUUCUCUUCUCUCAAAUAUUUAUUGUAGAAAGGUGAAUAUAAUUCCACUUAAAGGAGUGAAACUCGAUUAUAAACGCGUAAGUGGUGUAAUCGCCAAUAAAGAAGAAGAAAAAAGUGAA